CCGGGCUGAGCUCAGCUCUUCUCACCAACUCACACACUAUCGAUGAAGUUGUUUCAAAGAUGGCGGACUUCCUGCCGUCCCGCUCCCUUUUAUCGUUAUGUUUUCCUAGCUGUUUCCUAACGAACGAGGAGGCAGAGCAACUGCGGAAGUCGAGGGAGAUAAAUAAGCGUAUUCAUCAAGAUAAGACUUACGUUAAGAGGUUAGUAAAGAUCUUACUACUCGGAGCGGGAGAGAGCGGCAAGUCCACCUUCCUCAAACAGAUGCGCAUUAUCCAUGGGGAGGACUUCGAUCAGAAGGCCAAAGAAGAAUUCAGAGCCACGAUUUUUAGUAAUGUUAUUAAAGGUAUCCGGGUGCUGGUGGACGCGCGGGAGAAACUUCACAUCCCGUGGGGCGACCCGUCCAACCAGCAGCACGGGGAGACCAUGAUGGCGUUCGACACCCGAUCCGCCAUGGCCCACAGUCACGGCAUGGUGGAGCCCAAAGUCUUCCAGCACUACCUGCCGUCCAUCCGGGCCCUGUGGGCCGACGAGGGCAUCCAGAACGCUUACGAUCGGCGCCGGGAGUUCCAGCUGGGCGAGUCAGUCAAGUACUUCCUGGAUCAUUUGGAAAAGCUCGGAGAGUCGGGCUACCUUCCCAGCCAACAGGACAUCCUGCUGGCCAGGAAGCCCACCAAGGGGAUCCACGAGUACAACUUUAAGAUCAAGAAAGUUCCCUUCAAGAUGGUGGACGUUGGCGGUCAGCGGUCGGAGAGGCGCCGCUGGUUCGACUGCUUCGACUCGGUCACCUCCAUCCUCUUCCUCGUCUCUUCCUCUGAGUACGAUCAGGUGCUGAUGGAGGACCGGCAGACCAACCGGCUCAGCGAGUCGCUCAACAUCUUCGAGACCAUCGUUAACAACAGGGCCUUCAUCAACGUCUCCAUCAUCCUGUUCCUCAACAAGACGGACCUGCUGGAGGAGAAGGUGAAGCAGGUCUCCAUCAAGGACUACUUCCCCAAGUUCUCGGGCGAUGCCGGCAGCCUGGCAGCCGUGCAGGGCUUCCUGGUGGAGUGCUUCCGCGGGAAGCGGCGCGUGCUCCAGCCGCCGCAGAAGCCGAUCUACCACCACUUCACCACGGCCAUCAACACGGAGAACAUCCGGCUGGUGUUCCGCGACGUCAAGGACACCAUCCUGCACGACAACCUCAGGCAGCUGAUUCUGGAGUGAUGGAGCGAGUGGAGGAGGGGGUGAUGCAGACAGAACCGGGUGACCCAGUGCCUUCAUGCCGACAGUAACCCUGCACCCCACCGUGACCCCACCUCCCCUCCUGCUCCUGUUUGAACUCAGAUUGAGUAUUAAAGCCACCACUACUACCCCCAACCUCCACGCUGGCUGCCUGCCUUACUGUGACUGAUAACAGCCAGCUGUGGCUGAGAGCGCCCCCCUCUGAAAGAGACCUCUUCAGUCUUCCAUCAUGUGUUGCUCUGAUGCUCUGACCAGAGUUAGUCAGUAUUAGGAAUCCUCCUGCAGCAUCUAAUCAUGUCCUGUCCUCCAAUCUCUGAUCGUACCGAUGAAUUCUGUUCUCCGCUCGCCGAUGGGCCCCAUCAGCUCUGGCCCUUCCAGCUCUAACCGGGGCCUCCGCUCAGGGCUCAGCAGGAACCCCCUCUCUGAUUUGAGGCCGAUCAGAACCGCCAGGACACCAGGCCCGGGCGCGAGGAGACUUCCUGUGCUUGGAAAGCAGAAGUCUGGCCUCGUUCAGGCUGAUGAAGUGUUUUAGUGUUUAGUGUUCAAGAAGACUUUUCCAGGUUCCUAAGAGAUUUUCAGAGCAACUCUUCCUCAGAUCAACGAUGCCAAACCGUUCCCUCCUCUAUCAGACCUUUACUUUGUUUGAACCACUUAAAGUGUUGAUAGUAAAAUGCUGCCAUGGCCCAGUUUGUGUUUACUGCCUGAGAUAAAUGGUACCGGUACCUGACCCACCAGGCCCUUCCUCACCCUGGUUUCCAAACUAAAGGGAGUAUUGCUACCUGUGUGCUACUCCGCUGCUCCCCCUGCUGGCCGCUUCUAUUGUAUAAAAUGUAUGCAGAUCUGCCAGCCCAGUCUGCUGUGGAGGUUGUUGCUCUGAUGCUUCUUCUGUUGGAAGGUUCUGAUCAGAACCUUCCAACAUGAAGGUUCUGACUCAUUUGUUCACUCUGAACGGUCCAACUGAUCUCCAUAAAUCUCUGACCCGUUUUGUUGAUUCUAGCUUUAGAGAGAAGACUUUGCGACAGAGAGCACCGACUGUCACUCUUGGCUCACAACAAAGAGAGAGGAACCGGAGUCGAACCGGAUAUUUGAAAGUGUCUCCAGCAUCUUUUGGUAGCAAUAAGUUAAGUUUCCAUCCCUUAACUCUGUCUGGAAAACGUUACUGAGCUUCAUUCAGCCUUCCUGUUAUCUACUCAGUUCACCUUGAACUGCUGACGUGGAGAAAAUCCAGCUUCAUGUGCCUUCCUCUGAUUGAUACGAAGACGGCUAACGAGGAGUCCCAUUAGCUGAGUUAUGGUUGGACAGAAGGACGAGACAAACGACAGGACGACUUGAAGGAAGAGUUUUGCAGAUCUUUAGAUGGAGCAGGCUGGCUAACGGCUGAGCUGUGUUUAUGUUGCGGUGUCAGACAAGAAAGUUCUGUCCGUGUGUGUGUGUGUAUAGAUGAAGCAACGCUCUGUUUACACGCACAGAGACACUAUUGUGUUCCACCUGCUGCUGCUCUGUCCAGAGGAGUGUCCUCUGUCUGGACUACUGUCUCACCAUCCCGUCGGGGUGGCACCGAUGGUGAGUUUUAGUAGAAGGAAGGCUGCUGUCCCGCCUGCCGUGUGUGACUCCUGGAGUCCAAGCGGAGUCACAAAUGGCCGUUAGGGCCAUCCAAGCAGAUGGCCCUGACGGCUUGCCUGAGAUGGAUCGAGGCGAGGGGCGACACCUGCUGACCCGCAACAACUUUUAACCUCUGGGCGGUUUAAGCCAAGGUGUCACUUUUUCGCUGGGAUGUUAUUUACUUAGCAACUGGAGGCCAUUCACACAGGAAGUGGAGGUCAGGGGUGACGUGCCUCCAAUGGCCUUCAUGAAUAAAACGAUGUUCACUCCAACUGGUGUAAUAUUUUUUGCUUGUUUUACAGCGUUUUUACUUUUACAUCACAGUUACUCUGAAAAUAAACACUUUGCAUGUCCCAUUCUUCGUAGGUGUUUCACACAGGAUGAUCAUAGGUGACGCACCGCCUCCAACCCCUAUUUCCUGUUUAAAUGUUUCUCAGGUUGUGUAAAAAGUUUAAAGAAUGAUAAAAGGCUGGUUAUAUAAGCCACUUUGGCUGUUUUCCGAUUGGACUUUGUUUAGCUAGAACGGACUAACGUAGAGUUCUAAAGACUCGGUGAUUGAUGUACCUCAGCCGCUCCUUUAACGGAAGCUCACCUUGGAAAUCCUGAACUGUCCCUUUAAAUAAGGUAGCAGAUGCUGAUUCUUUUUUUACGUGUGGUUUGCACUAAGACAGAUGUGCUGAUGUUUGGACUUCUCUACGCCGAGUGUGAGGAAGGCAGAUUGAGCACUUACUGAUUUCGAUUUGUUUCCUGCUGUUCUGAACGAGCGGCCCGCAUAAUUAGGUGUUUUUGUCAUUUCUUAACCUCAGGACAUUUCUAACACUUUGUACCAUCAGGGUGCUGCUCCUGCAGACUGUGGGUUGUAAACGUUCUGUGUUGUGUUGGUACCGCAGAUGUAAAUCUGCUGCAGCAGCUCCAUGGAGGUCCCACUCUGACCUGUUGUGUGACAGAGGUAAACGCCUGAUUGGCUGGUUAGUUUUUAUUGGGCUUCAAAUAAUAGUUUUUUUUUUUUUUUUUUUUUUAAGCUGGCAUGUGAAAUUGGACCAACGGCAUUUUCUCAUGGAUACUCUUACAUUUGAAGUAUUUGUUUGGACUAAACUUUAUGCCUACUUUUACAUGUCAUGCCCACACUCCUGAAACAUGUCUCCAUGGUAACUCUGCAAACAUUAUGAUUCUGAUUAACUUUUUCUAACAACACUGAAGCCUUAUGUGAUGCAAUCUCACACUCUUAAGGGUUACUGCUCUUCCAAACCUCCAGAUGUUGCACAAUAUGUCUUACUGUCUCUGGUUGGUUACCGUUUUCCUGUUGCUGGUGCUGAAAGUUGCCUCCUCUGGUUGGUGAACCUGACUCUUCAGACCCAUAACUACAGUUUGAGGUGUAGAUUUAUAAGUUUCUCUGCAGUUACACAAACGAAACACAUCUGAUUACCCUUGGAGGGAAAUCAACUUUUGCAAGAUCUAAGCUCUGAUGCACCACUACUCUAUAGGAAUGAGAGCUUUUAUGCUUAAACUAUGUUGGCAACAGUUCAUUAGCUUCUUUGUCGACACACAGAAUGCCAUGUCUUUGUGUAAUGUUGUUACCAUUAAAUCUUGCAUUUGUGCUCCCAGUUCGGGUUUGUUCUGAUAAAACAGCUCUGGCUGUAAAGUCUAACUUAUGUCUCAACCGCCGACACUCCUCAAUAAAUCAGCUGAUUUUUAACA